AUGCAGACAUCAAAUGAUGAGACCAUGCUUUUCUUGAUGUCAAAAAUGCUUGACGAUAUAUCGAUCGAUGAAGCGCAAGAAGUCAUCUCGAUUCCAACCCAACUUGCAUUCACAUUUCCCUUUUACGCGACUCGACAUUAUUAUCGCUCUUCAAUUUUUCUUUUGGACAACUUCCCCAACUUAGAGAUGAACUUUUGCGGCUUCUACACCAACAGUCUUGGUUUAACUUUCCAGCCACUCAUCAGCAAGCUUCUUGAACGAGGCUUGAAUCCAUUUAUUGCUUCAAAUUACGGCCCCGUUGACUCAAAUGCUGUUAACUGGUACUUGAUUGAAUACGCUUUCGAUGCACAUGAAGAUUUAAAAGACUGUAGACUCGAGAAGAGUCUUUAUUUCCGAACGGACUCAUUCACGCAGUAUAAACACGAAAUCCAGCAACUUGAAUCUUACGCAGAGUUGGUGAAAAAGUACGUGACUGGAUACUCAUCUGAAGGAAAUCCUUUGACGACGACUUACAUGUCUCUUUACAAUAUUGACUGCGAUGAGAAAUGCCCAAGAAAUUGUAAGCAAAGGAUUCCAUCUAUGCGACACUUUUCCGGUCAGCUCAUCGAGAAGAACUAUCUUCUUGGCAACGGAGGCCAAGGAUCGGUCUACAAGUGCACCUGGCACGGCAAAAAUGCAGCGGCCAAGUUCAUUCCAAAUCGCGGACUUCAUCUGGUACAAUCUCUUAAAAAAGCACCUCAAAAAUUAAUGGAUCCGAUGCGAGAAAAGGAAAUGGCGCAGCAGUUCAGAGGCCAGGCUUCCGAGUUCUACAUUGGAAGGGAAAUAAGACAUCCGCAUGUUUUGAAAAUGUUUGACUUCUUCUUGCAACAUAAAAAUGGAGAAGACGAGUUUGUCAUUGUUUCCGAGUUGUGCGAUGCAACAUUGAACCAGAUCGAGUUCCAGAUGUCCUCCUUUAUGAAUUAUUUUCUCCAGGUCACAUCUGCUUUGAAGGCAAUCGGAGAAAAAGGUCUAUGUCAUGGCGAUGUGAAGCCAGAAAAUAUUCUCCUCAAAAGUGAUGAAACCGGCACUUUUUCCGUUCGACUGGCUGAUUUCGGCAUGGCUGGAAUUAUCGGUGGAACUCCUCUAUUCAUGGCCCCGGAAGUUUUGACUGAAUCGAUUCCUUUUCUUUCGGACAUAUAUUCGCUUGGCAUUUCGAUUCUGCUUUCUAUUUUCGAUAUACAGUUAGCGUUCAAGCUCUACAUGCUUCCAGUUGACAGUAAAAGCCUUCGAUCUGCAAAAGAAGAAGCGCUCAAACACAAAUUGACAUGUUUCAUUUCCAAAAUGAUCUCAGAUGAUCCGUCAAAAAGGCCGAGCAUAAAACAAGUCAAGAUGUUUUUGACCCACCAUCGAAGCUCUCUGAACGGCAAGAAAGUAACGGCAAGGGAUCUUGGAAUCAGUGCAGACUUGCAGACUCUGGAUGGGAGCAUUGAUAGUGAUGGUAACUCGUUCAAAUGUUGGGCUUUCGCGACUGCGAGCAUGUUACGAUCUUCCUUCCGUGAAACCAUCAAAGACAAUACAGAUCUGACGGAAGAAAAUAGGGAUGCAAUUUUAAAGAUUCUCGGCGAUCCGUCGCAUCACAAGACUUUGAGAUCAGAAUUGAUGAUGAACGUUAUUCCGACUAAAAUAAAUGCAAACGAAGAUGAAAUACAAGCUGCCUUGCUUCACCAUGUCAUGCAAAGACUUUCACGCCCGACAUUUCUCCAGCGAGAAGGUAUACACCUUCUUGGCAGCUUGAAACCAAUCUUCUAUCGAAUCGGGGAAGUUCAACCAGUGCUGGAAGUGUAUUCACAUCCCACGGAAUUUGACAAAUUUCCGGCAACUUUCAAGAAAUUCGGAAUCAUUGGAGAUUUCUUCAGCGCCAUAGAUUCUAAAAAGACUCUUGUUUGCCCAGUCAAAACUGAGCUGAAAAACAUCAAGCACGCAAUGUGUAUGUAUGGAUUCGACGAAGAAGACAGAGCAUUUGUCUUCAAAAACAGCUCAUCAGAGAAGACAACGGUCAAAGUUCCUCUUAUAUCCAAUCAGGAAAAGGUCAUCGGUUGA